AUGGGACAUGAGGGGUGGGCGACGGCAAUCAUUGGAAGUAUUGGGCAGGACUGGGAUGUUGAGAGGAGGUUUCGGGUGACGGAGGUGGCUUUGGCUAUUAUGUGGUGCUGUGCAUCCGCAUAUCUUUCGUAUUUCUUUGCUGAUUGUAUGAUGUCUCGAUGGCUUCUCAACUACACCCCACCGGCUGUGGUAAUUCGUCUCCUUACAACAAACGGCUUGAUUGCAUAUAUUACGUCCUGGGUUCUCUAUCUCUCCGGCGCUUCCUCCGACCCACGUCUUCUACUCCCAGCGUGGAUAUCAAUUACAACGGUGCGGUCAUCCAUCAACCAAAAAAUGACUGGAAGGUCACAAUCCCAUGCCACAAGACCCCAUAAACUGACAACCAAUCUCCUGUGA